AUGGAAGUGGAUGCUUCACUAUUAAACGAUUCGGUCGACUCGAGCAACUGUGACCUUACAUUUGAUGGAUUCACUUUUACUUUCGCAGUCUCACCAGAACUGCGCCUCCCUCCCUUACCCCCACAAAUGGCGACUGAUUUAGUGGAGCUAUCCCGUAGGAGAGUUGCUUUGGAAGCGUCUAAUCGUCGACAGAGGAUAGCUAAAAGACGAUUUUGUCGUGAUAGUGAUGAUCCCUUGGCACAAAAGAGGAGUAUGGGUGGAACGAGUUUAGGAGGACGCAGGGGGUUCGGAAAGGAUAGAUCCAAGUAUUUGAGAUGGAUGUCAUUAGAGUCGUUUCCAAAUGAGAUUUUAAUCCACAUAUGCGAGUUCUGUGAUACCCUAGAAGUGAUUGGGCGUGUUAACAGAUUCUUCUACAAGUUAGUACGUAACAAAUUCGUUCUGGCUCGGUGGGGGAUACGUCAGUUGGGCCAUGCGCAAGCCCUUCGUGUGACUACAUCUUACAUGUGGCGAGAUAGAGAUGACCACACAGGAGGGCUCGAACUUGUUAAAUAUAUGAUUAAUAAUGGAGCUGACAUUUUGUGUGGGGACGAUGGAAUGUGGAUGUUAAAGUUAUUGGAGCUAGGCAAGUACCAGCUAUUAGAGUCGGUCUUUAUGCAUUACAAAGACAUUUUCUUCCCUGGGGAACAGAAGAAAAACGAGGGUGAUAAACAAGACGACGAGAAUGGCGACGCACACACAGUUGACAUAGAUGAUAUUGACGAUCUUGACGAAGAGGACGAGUCAGAAACGGAAACAGAUGGAAUUAAGAAAUUUCUUCAAGAGUUGGCGCGUCGUGCCGUGUUCAAGGGUAAUGAAGCUGCUGCCAUUGUCUGUCUUUUAGUUGAUGGCGGAUACAAAUCAGAUAAGACUCUUUCAAAGUUCAUCUCUUUGAAUAAUAAGAGUGUAAUUAAUUGUAUCCUAAGGAACAGGAAAGCAAGAAUUAGUCGUGAAGAGUGGAAACUCGCAUGUAAUUUCUUUAGAACUUAUUCUAGCCGCAACGGCGAUUUAGAUAUGAUUCGAUUAUUCAUAUACCAUCGAGUAUUUACCGUAGACGAACACGGGCGAGUGCCCGAGUAUCCGACAUUGCUCGAGGAGGCUAUUCGAUACCAGCAUAUUCACGUUGUGGAUUUUCUCAUACAGCAUGGAAUAACAAGUAUAGAACAUCCAUUUGCUACGUUUAAGAGGUUGUUCAGAGCACCACCCAAGAAUGGAUACCAUAUGCUCUACCAUUUACGGUUAAAAGGGUUGAUCUCAGUGAAGCCGCUUCCUACAAAUUACGCUUUAAACAAUUGUACAGAACGUGUGGAAUGGAUAGCAGAUAGACUGCGCGAUUACCCACAUAUGGGAAGUUUACUGCGUUUUCUCUUACAACAGGGUGGUACGUGUAUGACCUGCAGCUGGGUCAAUGAACGCCAAGAUUCCAUAUUUAGUGAAACGGCGGGUAUAAUGGUGCGUAUCGUGACUUCUGCUUAUGAAGCAGACAUGUUGAAAUGGGAUCCUGUUACUCGUGAUUCAGGAGAGGGGAGAAAUGUAGUCAAAGGGUUGGUAUAUGUGAUGAGCUAG